CAUUGUCUGUCACUCGAGUAGACCUCAGCUUUGCGCGAACGGUUUCUAGGACGCGCGCGGAGCAGCUAGCAGUACGUGUCUCCAACCCAAGCCAGGACACCGCACAGGUCUCUUGCAUGGCGGCUGCGUCGUCGGCGUCGUCCGCGAAGCGCGCGCUCCUCCCGUGGGCUCGCGACGCCCACCACGCGCUGACGAGGGUGCUCCAGGGAAGCGGCGGCGGCGGCGGCGGCGGCAGCAGCUUCCGCGGGGCGCUCCCGACGCUGGCCGCUGGCAGGUGGUCUCUCCUCCAGCGCCGGUGGAGGUCGUCGCUGCCGCAGCUGGACUCCACCGUCGACAGGUCCGACGAGGAUAGCGGCGGCGACAUCGACUGGGACAACCUGGGGUUCGGGCUGACGCCGACCGACUACAUGUACGUGAUGCGGUGCUCGCUGGAGGACGGCGUCUUCUCCCGCGGCCAGCUCAGCCGCUACGGCAACAUCGAGCUCAGCCCCUCCUCCGGCGUCAUCAACUACGGCCAGGGGCUCUUCGAGGGGCUGAAGGCGUACAGGAAGUCGGACAGACAGGGGUACAUGCUGUUCCGGCCGGAGGAGAACGCGCGGCGGAUGCAGCACGGCGCCGAGCGCAUGUGCAUGCCGUCGCCGUCGGUGGAGCAGUUCGUCCACGCCGUCAAGCAGACCGUCCUCGCCAACCGGCGCUGGGUGCCGCCGCAAGGGAAGGGGGCGCUCUACAUCAGGCCGCUGCUCAUCGGUAGCGGCCCGAUCCUCGGGCUAGCUCCCGCCCCGGAGUACACGUUCCUCAUCUACGCCGCGCCGGUCGGAACGUACUUCAAGGAGGGCCUAGCGCCGAUAAACCUGGUCGUCGAGGACGCGAUUCACCGCGCCAUGCCCGGCGGCACCGGCGGGGUCAAGACGAUCACCAACUACGCUCCGGUGCUCAAGGCGCAGAUGGACGCCAAGAGCAAAGGGUUCACCGACGUGCUGUACCUCGACGCGGUGCACAAGAGGUACCUGGAGGAGGCCUCCUCCUGCAACCUCUUCAUCGUCAAGGACGGCGUCGUCGCCACGCCGGCCACCGUCGGAACCAUCCUGCCGGGGAUCACGCGCAAGAGCGUCAUCGAGCUCGCCAGGGACCGCGGCUAUCAGGUUGAAGAACGGCUCGUCUCCAUCGACGAUCUGAUCAGCGGAGACGAGGUCUUCUGCACCGGAACAGCGGUGGUAAUUGCCCCGGUGUCGACCGUCUCCUAUCAAGGGCAAAGGUACGAGUUCAGGACUGGUCAGGACACGUUGUCGCAGACACUGCACACGACUCUGACGUCCAUCCAGAUGGGCCUGGCCGAGGACAAGAAAGGAUGGACAGUGGCAAUAGAUUAAGGGUGGAUAUGGGCAAAGGGAUCCCGAUUAUUCCUCUUGUUAUGCUUGUGCCAAUGUAAAUAAUUGUCGUUUUAUAUAUCUUCCUGUAGCGACAGUGAUCACUGAUCAGCGGGUAGAAUUUGGACGAACAGGAAGCAAAUGAAGAUCAUCUUACUUCAUAUCUCUGUACGUGUGGCCAAUAAAAUCUUGUCUCCAUGCCAAUAUUUGAGACAAUUGAACAGUGAUCAGUGAAGAAAUGUAGAAUUCGCAACUCCUCUCAGUCAUCUUCAUCUAGCUAGGCACAAAGAGAGUGAGCUGUCAAUAAAAUUAUGCACAGAUUGCAGCCUGCAGCCAA